CAGAACAAAAAAAAACAUAAAAAACUAGAAAGAUGAUUGGUCGACGAUUAGCAACCGGAUACUCUUUUCUUUCAAGGAUGAGUUCGAAGAUGAAGACACAAAAACUUAGCACAUCCUCAGAAACAGCAGAUAUGUCUGUCACAAAGAUAAUCGCAAGUCCCUCUCUGUCAAAGAAGGAGCUGCAAAAAGCAAUGAAGAAGCAAAACGAUGCUGACUUGGUCCUUACCGGUAAAGUGAUUGCUUCAGAAGCAAGAGACUCUAAUUUCGUCUUCUCUCCGGCAUCACUCAACAGCGUCCUAACCAUUGCGGCUGCCAGCUCUGCUACUGAAGAACGUAAGGCCGUCUUUAACGAGACUGCUACCGUCGCCUUUGCUGAUGGAAAGGCGAACGGUGGCCCCAAGAUCACGGCGAUUAACGGUGUUUGGGUCGAUCAAUCACUUCCGGUUGAUCAUUCGCAUAAAAAUCUUUUGGUGAAUGUCUUCAAGGCUACUUUCACUCAAGUUGACUUCAGGUCCAAGGCUGAACAAGUGCGUAGAGAGCUGAAUAAAUGGACUUCAGACCAGACAAAUGGUCUCAUCAAGGAUCUUCUUCCUCUUGGAUCCGUUAGAAGCAAUACAGAUCGGGUUUAUGGAAACGCAUUGUACUUCAAGGGAACUUGGGAAGAUAAAUUCAGCAAGUCUGAGACGAAAGACAGAGACUUUCACCUUCUCAAUGACGCCUCAGUGUCUGUGCCGUUCAUGAGGAGCUCUAAACGCCAAUACGUUCAGCGUUUUGAUGGUUUCAAGGUCCUUAAGCUCCCAUUUCAACGAGGCCUUGAUAUCAAGCGCAGUUUCUCAAUGUACUUCUAUCUUCCCGACGAGAACGAUGGUUUGGAUAAUCUUGUUAAGAAAAUGACAUCAACCCCUGGUUUUGUGGAUAAUCACACUCCGACAUGUCGAGUUAAACUUGAUGAUUUCGCAAUUCCAAAGUUUAAGAUCUCUUUUGGGUUUGAGGCUUCAAAGGCUUUGUACCAUAAAGCUUGUGUGGAGAUCGAUGAAGAAGGCGCUGAAGCUGCUGCAGCUUCCUUUUGUGAAAGACACAGCUAUACUCCUAAUAGGAACCGUUUUGUGGCUGAUCAUCCCUUUCUUUUCUUGAUUAGAGAAGACACAACGGGUACCGUUUUGUUUGCUGGUCAAAUCUUCGAUCCUUCCAAAUCUUCUUAACCGGGUUAAGAUCAGGUUUAAUGGUCUAUGUCUUGGCUGUUAUGGUUCUAGUUUUAUGUUCGCAUUCCGAAAACUAGUUUUAAGUCUAGUUAGGUUUAGUUUAUUGGUAACUUUGGUUCAUUGAACUGAUAUGUGAUUUGAUUUUUUUCUAUGAAUUUAUGAUUGGGGAAAUUACAUGUUUACCACUUUCAUGAUACUACUUUUCAUUUUUACUACCACUAAUGAGACAUUUUCAAAAAUACAUUCUUCAUUAAGUGACAAAAGACUAUUAUGUUCUUGUUAUUUAUAUAUAUAAUAAAUUAUUAUUUAAAUAAAUAAAAAAAAAUAAAAAGAAAAAAAUAAAAAAUAAAAAAUAAAAAAAUAAAAAAAUAAAAAUAAUUUAUUUUUCGAAAUAUACUUUUUCAAUUUCGAAUUUUACUAUAAAACUUUUUUUUUUGAAUUUUUUUUUUGAAUUUUUUUUUUAUUUUUUUUUUUCAAAUUUCUUUUUGAAAAACAAAAAUUAUGUUUGAAACUAUUUUUUUAAAUUUUUUAAGUAUUUAUAUAUUUAUUAGAAUCAUAAAUUUCACAUUCCAAAAACUCUACCCCACCCCUCAACUCUAAACCCUAAGUCUAGAUUAGUUAACCCUAAGGGUAUAAUUGUAUUUUAUCCUUCAUUAAAAGUGAGGGUAAAAGUGGUUAGUGUAAACAUGAAAAGUGGUAUUAUGAAUGUGGUAUUUGUGGCAAUUUCCCUUUAUGUUUAUUAUUUUAUUAUCAAAACAUUAUUAUAAGCAUUAGAGCAUCUCAAUUGGUGGGGAUGGUGAUUUGAGGUGCUUAACAUUAAAAAAGUUAAAUA